AUGGGAGUCCGCAUAUGGAUGAACGUAGCAUCUCUUGCCAGUGGUGGCGUUAUCUUAGCUUCCUUGGUCGUCUGCGGUCUUCUUUUCCAAGACAUCAACAGUCUUUAUUAUGAAGUUUUGAAUGACAUGACCGUUUUUAAGACAUUGGCAAAUGAUGCGUGGGACGAAAUAAUGAGUGUACAACAAGGCCGCCCUUACGCCGGAGGAAAUCCGUUUAAAGAAAUAUUAUUGAGGAACAAACGACAGUAUGGACUACCGGAAAGAUGCAAUUGCAUCUUACCAUCCAGGUGUCCACCAGGACCAAUGGGACCUCCUGGAGAUCCAGGCAUACCCGGAGAAGAUGGACUUCCUGGACCAGACGGUCCCGAUGGACCCGAUGGAGUUCAGAUCAAUUUCGAUCUUGGGCUGCCAACAGGAUGCAUACCAUGCCCGUCAGGACCUCCUGGAAUUCCAGGACCAGAUGGACCUGAAGGUCCACCAGGCCCUGAUGGCAACCCUGGUCUUCCUGGUUUGCCAGGCAUGAGUGGACCACCAGGACCUGAAGGGCCUCCGGGAGAACCGGGACCACAAGGGCCACCUGGACCACCUGGACCUCCAGGACCGGCGGGUACUGACGGAGUAAAGAUGACUUGCCAAAAAGGUCCGAAAGGACCACGCGGACAACCAGGACCAAUGGGCAAUCCUGGUCCAAACGGGGCUGAUGGAGCUAAUGGACCACCAGGUCCAGAAGGACCACCAGGACGACCAGGAAUGCCAGGUAGACCGGGUAUGGACGGAAUGCCAGGAGCGCCUGGCCCGGCUGGUAUGGAUGGUCUUGAUGCUGGCUAUUGUCCGUGCCCUCCAAGAUCAAACAACGACCCAGUGCCACACAACCCAGAAGGAUGCGAUCCAUUCCUCGUGGGAGGACCAUCGGGUGCUCCAGGUGCACCCGGAGGUUAUGCUAAACGCAGGCUCGCACGGAAACGUUUAGCGAAGAGACUACAUCGUAAAGCUCACAAGAAUUAA